AUGCUAACUGGACACGGAUUUGCAGCGUCGACAAUUCAGACUGCUUCAUUUAUUAUCAGUCAAGCACAGACUCCCCAGCGAGGACGCGAACCUCUCGACACAAGCAAUGUAUCUCUGUUUACACCACCUCCAGGGUACCGAGACUCUGAACCACCAAAUCCUUCUCCGUUACUUCCUCGUGGCGCGGGAACACCUGUACCGAAGUCUAAACCGCGCCCACGUCCUGUGCCGCGAAAGUCUCGAACUACGAGUACCAUAUAUGACGACUUCAUCAAAGACGAUGAACUUCGUUCCUCUGGUUCACUCAUUGACUCUGCAUCUGCAAUUCCAGCCAGUACCUUGGCUGCAGACAGCAUACGCCCUCCAACCACACCAUCUGCGGUUUCAGAUCUCAUCGGGGAAGUCGAUCCUGUGUUUAGCAUUGCCGACCGGGCCAAGACGCGCACUCGGAAGACUCAGGUCAAGAAGCCGACUUACGUGCCCGUCAACCAUGAUGUGAUAGAGUUAACAUCCGACUCCGACCUCGACGAACUAUCACUCAAGCCUCCACGGAAGCGGCAGAAAUCCCAAGACAAGCCCGUCAAGCCCAAGCCGAGACCCAGGCCUAAACCGAAGCCUAAAGCUAUUACAUUGCCUCCACUCAAGGUUCCUGAAGAAAGCAUCGUCGAUACCCAGCCGAGCAACGUUGUCGUUCUUCUGACACCGCAAGAGCCAGCGCUUCCGUCUCAAUCAUCGUUUACAACAUCACGCUUCCCGUCUUCUAUUCCUGCUUUAUCCGAUGUGUCUUCUCCGCCCUCUUCUCCACCCAAGAUAACUCGUAAACGGAAGAAGGUUUCCCCGCUUCAGUCAGAGGUUCAUGGCGAAGAGAUGGAUGUAGACGUCCCCGAUACUUCGUCGUCCCAGACAUCGACAAUUCGCACACACUUGAAGACGAAAACGGGGACGCAGACAUCGUUGCUGCGAGCAAGGCAGGCUGACAGAGUCGAACCCGACGAUCUUGCACACGAAUCCCCCACGGAUGAGCUAGCUGCAGGUAAUAAUUGCCUCGAAGACGACAAUUUCGUUGAGGAAGAGGAACCGAAAGUUACAUCGAAGAAGGCACUAUCGAAACCCACCUCCGCUGCAAAAUCGAAAUUGAAAUCCAAGGCAAAAGGCAGAGGGAAAGCAGUUCUCUCGGAAAGUGAAAAUGAGGACGGCAACGACGACCCUCGUUCGAGGUCACCUAACCCAAGUAGGCAUUUACCCGAGGACGAAGACUCGAGACGACGGUUCCAAGAAUUCUGA